AUGGCUGCACAGGGCUCACAGGCCUCACACGUAUGGCAGCGCAAGGGCAACAGGCAGCUGGUGGCCCACCUGCUCCUGCUGCCCAGCGAGGCCCAGCCUCCUCCGGUGCCGGCGCCGGGUCCUUCGAGCCGGGCCGGGCCCCCGUCAUGGCGCACCAAGGGGCUGUCCACCCUCACCCACGACCUGCAGAGCCGGCUGAACGCGGGCCGCUUUGGAGGCGGGGGCCGCCCGCGGGAUCCGGGCCACCUGGCGGCGUCGCGGACCGAGCGCUCCGCCCACGCGGCCGGGGCAGGCGGACCGCUACCGGGUGGGCUGCCGCCUGAGGUGGAGCAGGGCCGCGACCCGCUGCCCGAUCCGACCCCGCAGCUGCUGCUGGAGGAGUCGCAGGGCCUGUCCCGCAGCCUGAGGGAGGACGCGUGCGCCCCGGGCGGCCAGCGACGGGUCCGGGACCGCUGGCUCGAGCAGGUCAGGCUGGGCGCCAAGUGCAUGAGCACCAGCUGCCGGGCUGCGCGCGAGGUCCGGGCGGCGCCCGUUGAGCGGCCGCAGGCGCAGACGGUGGGCUUCGCGGAGCCGCAGUUUCCGGGGCGCGCAGCUCAGGCCGAGGGCAGGGCGGUGCAGACGGCCAUCCUGGAGGCGCGGCACCCCGACGGGGGCGCCACGAUGACGGACCACAGGGAGCCGAGGCACUCGCCGCACCCGCCGUCUCAGGCUUUGAGGGAGCGGUCUUCACCCAGAACUGAACCGCCCGCGAAUUCCAAUUCUGUGACUAGCACCCCGCCCCCCAAUAAAGGAGGGUGCUUAUUGUCUGCCCCUCAAUUUAUACCAAAGAAAUCAAAGGUGAAGCUCUCAACCCCCCAUGUUAGAUGCUCGAGAGGAAUCUUCCAGAAGCCAGGGCUAUGCAUCCGAUUUUCACACCCACGCGGGGCGGAGCCCAGCAGCCCACACUGUGGGGCCUGGAGAUGGGGGUGCCGACCGCUGUGGCAGGGUUACCCCGCCCCCCCCUCAGCUCCUCUCAGGAGUCCCUCACCCAAACCUUAUGAAUUAGUUUAG